CCGCCUCUGCCCGCGCAUCAGGACCGCGGCCGGCCGGGAACCCAGCCUGGGGCCGCUCCUCUCCCGGAGGGUUCUCUGGCCUCAAGACCCGUGCCCUCCACACACAUGCCCCGGAGGAACUCCACCUCCGGCCCGCCCCGCCCCUUCCCCACUCCUACCGUAAAGCCCGGCGCCUCCUUCCCGCCCCCUCGGCUGGCUCCCGGGAGGGGAAGGGGCGGGCGGCGCAGGGGGUGUGACGGAUCCCGCCCCGACCAGUGCCAACUGCAGCCCAGCUUCAGCUACCGGUGCCAACUAGCUCUUCUCAUCUGGGACGAAGGCGGAGGCUCGGAGUUCCCAGUUUCUGGAGCGGGGUGGGUGGGGGCAGGGGUCCUCCACACCCCCAGCCCUCUGCUUAUCCAAGACCAGUAAACCUCCUCCCCAGCCCUGAGUCUUGCUGGCCCCAGCAGCUGGCAGGCUCGGAACUGGCGCGGCUCCCUGUCCCGGAGACUUAAGGCCAGCACCCCUCCAGGUGCCCUAGUAGAGCUGCCUGGGACGGCCCGAGGACCCUCCAGCCCCUGGCUAGAGCCUGCACCACUGCGCGAGGUGAAGAAACAUGAAGGUUGGCUGGCCAGGUGAGAGCGGCUGGCAAGUGGGACCGGCUGUGGAAGACAGUCAGGCUCUGGAAGCGCCACAGGUAGGGGGCCUCCCUGACGUGGUGCCCGAGGGGACUCUGCUCAACAUGGUGCUGAAAAGGAUGCAUUUGCCCCGGAGCUGCUCCUACCAGCUGCUGCUGGAGCACCGCCGCCCUAGCCGCAUUCAGGGACUUCGCUGGACCCCGCUCACCAACAGCGAGGAGUCCUUGGAUUUCAGCAUGAGCCUGGAGCAGGCCUCCACGGAACGGGUGCUCAGGGCAGGGAAGCACCUGCACCGCCAGCUCCUGGCCACCUGCCCCACCCUCAUCCGUGACCGAAAGUACCACCUCCGGCUCUAUCGGCAGUGCUGUUCCGGCCGAGAGCUGGUGGAUGGGAUCUUGGCUCUGGGGCUAGGGGUCCAUUCGAGGAGCCAAGCUGUGGGCAUCUGUCAGGUACUUCUUGAUGAAGGUGCCCUUUGCCAUGUGAAACACGACUGGACCUUCCAGGACCGGGAUGCACAAUUCUACCGGUUCCCUGGGCCAGCACCCGAGCCCGCAGGAGCUCACGAAGCAGAAGAGGAGCUAGCUGAGGCAAUGGCCUUGCUCUCCCAGAGGGGACCUGACGCCCUGCUCACCGUGGCACUUCGGAAGCCACCAGGUCAGCGUACAGACGAAGAGCUGGACCUCAUCUUUGAGGAGCUGCUGCACAUCAAGGCUGUGGCCCACCUCUCCAACUCGGUGAAGCGGGAAUUGGCUGCAGUUCUGCUCUUUGAACCCCACAGCAAGGCAGGGACUGUGUUAUUUAGCCAAGGGGACAAGGGCACCUCGUGGUACAUUAUCUGGAAGGGAUCUGUCAACGUGGUGACCCAUGGCAAGGGGCUGGUGACCACGUUGCACGAGGGAGAUGACUUUGGACAGUUGGCCCUGGUGAACGAUGCGCCCCGAGCGGCCACCAUCAUCCUGAGAGAAGACAACUGUCAUUUCCUGCGGGUGGACAAGCAGGACUUCAACCGCAUCAUUAAGGAUGUGGAAGCAAAGACCAUGAGGCUGGAAGAACAUGGCAAGGUGGUAUUGGUGCUGGAGAGAUCAUCUCAGGGAGCCGGCUCUUCCCACCCCCCAGCCCCAGGCAGGAACCGGUAUACUGUGAUGUCUGGCACUCCAGAGAAGAUCCUAGAACUUCUGUUGGAGGCCAUGCGGCCAGAUUCCAGUGCUCAUGACCCAACAGAAACAUUCCUCAGUGACUUCCUCCUGACCCACAGCGUCUUCAUGCCCAGUGCCCAGCUCUGCACUGCCCUCCUGCACCACUUCCACGUGGAGCCCGCGGAGCCCACUGGAGGCAGCGAGCAGGAAUGCAGUACUUACAUCUGCAACAAGAGGCAGCAGAUCCUGAGGCUGGUCAGCCGGUGGGUGGCCUUAUAUGGUCCCAUGCUGCACUCAGACCCUGUGGCUACCAGCUUCCUCCAGAAACUCUCGGAUCUAGUGAGCAGGGAUACCCGGCUUAGCAACCUGCUGAGGGAGCAGUGGCCAGAGAAGCGGCGGCACCACAGGCUGGAGAAUGGCUGUGGGAAUGCAUCGCCUCAGAUCAAGGUUCCUGCCCAGUCUCUUGCUCGGAACGCACCUGUUUGGCUUUCCAGUCCUGACGAGCCCCUUCCCAGCAGCAUCCGUGCCAUCCGAGCAGGGGACAAAGUCCCCUACGACAUCUGCCGGCCCGACCACUCGAUACUGACCCUUCACCUGCCUGUGACCGCCUCAGUGAGAGAGGUGAUGGCAGCGCUGGCCUGUGAGGACUGCUGGACCAAGGGGCAGGUGCUGGUCAAGGUCAAUUCAGCAGGUGAUGCCAUUGGGCUGCAGCCAGAUGCCCGUGGGGUGGCCACAUCCCUGGGGCUCAACGAGCGGCUCUUUGUUGUUGACCCACAGGAAGUGCAUGAGCUGACCCCACACCCUGAGCAGUUGGGGCCCACUGUGGGCUCUGCUGAGGUGCUGGACCUGGUGAGUGCCAAGGACCUGGCAGGUCAGCUGACAGACCAUGACUGGAAUCUUUUCAACAGUAUUCACCAGGUGGAGCUGAUCCACUAUGUACUGGGCCCCCAGCACCUGCGGGAUGUCACCACUGCCAACUUGGAGCGCUUCAUGCGCCGCUUCAAUGAGCUGCAGUACUGGGUGGCCACGGAGCUCUGUCUUUGUCCUGUGCCGGGACCACGGGCUCAGCUGCUCCGGAAGUUCAUCAAACUGGCCGCCCACCUCAAGGAGCAGAAGAACCUCAACUCCUUCUUUGCCGUCAUGUUUGGCCUCAGCAACUCAGCCAUCAGCCGCCUGGCCCACACAUGGGAGCGGCUGCCCCACAAGGUGCGGAAGCUUUACUCAGCCCUGGAGAGGUUGCUGGACCCCUCGUGGAACCACCGAGUGUAUCGUCUGGCGCUCACCAAGCUCUCCCCUCCCGUCAUCCCCUUCAUGCCCCUUCUUCUCAAAGACAUGACCUUCAUCCACGAGGGAAACCACACACUGGUAGAGAACCUCAUCAACUUUGAGAAGAUGCGUAUGAUGGCCAGAGCCGUGCGGACACUGCACCACUGCCGGAGCCACAGCUCUGUACCUCUGUCACCACUCAGAAGCCGCGUUUCUCACCUCCACGAGGACAGCCAGGCGUCAAGGAUUUCCACAUGCUCCGAGCAGUCCUUAGGCACCCGGAGUCCAGCCAGCACGUGGGCUUAUGUCCAGCAGCUGAAGGUCAUCGACAACCAACGGGAACUGUCCCGCCUCUCCCGGGAGCUGGAGCCAUGAGGAGGGGCUGAAGCUGGAGCAGGCACUUCCUGCUGGGAAAGCCAAGGCCGGACCAAGAGGUCCACAGGCCAGCUACAGCUGGGCAGGGCUCUCCGAGGAGUGGCCUUGAGGCCCUGGUACAGGCAGUGUGGAGGCAGCUGUCCCCUGUGAUGACUUGAUCGGCUAAGGAGGACCUUGGAGUGGAACUGAGCUGGCUCCAAAGCCAAGGAACAGGGGACAUCAAGGCCCUGGAGUGGGCAGGAGAGCCAGAGCAGCAUGGACUGUGCUCAGCAGAGAGCUCUCCGCAUCAAGGUUGUUGUUUUCCAGAUUCUGUGACUCAUGGCUCUGCUGCCCAGUGGCGGCCAGUCCCUGCGUUUGUUUUCACGGCGGUCUAAGAGCCUACAUGUGUAUAGCAUGUGUACACAGGGUGGGCCUUGCCCUGGACAGGGGGAGGGAGGCCUGCUUUUCCUUCCACUACAUCUGAGAUAAACAGCUGUGUGUGGGUGGGGCUGUUGGCUUUAAGUGGUGGUCCCUACGGGAGCUUCAUUGUUCUUAUAAAUUAACAAAGAUA